AUGGAUUCAAAUCCGGAUGGAAAGCAUGUGAUCGUUCGCGAAGUUUGGGCUUCAAAUUUAGUCAGCGAAUUGUCUUUGAUUCGAGCUUCUAUGCCCACCAGCUGUUUAGCCUCAUUUGAUACUGAGUUUCCUGGAACAAUUAUCACGCCAAAUGUGGAUAAGCGCUCUAAAUCGAAGCUGUCUCCUCCAACUAAUUACAGUUUCAUGAAGGCCAACGUUGAUGAAUUGAAAAUCAUCCAACUGGGUCUUACGCUCUCUGAUUCUAAUGGGAAUUUGCCAACCUUUGGGACUCCAAACGGAUACAUUUGGCAGUUCAAUUUCUCCGACUUUGAUGCUGAGCAUGAUUCUCAUAACGUUGAAUCCAUUCGGCUAUUGGAGAAGCAAGGGAUUGAUUUCGUGAAGAACAAGAAAGAGGGGAUUCCGUCGUGGCUUUUCCGGAAUUUUGUUUUAAACUCCGGAUUAUUGUUCAAUCCUCAUCUCACAUGGGUCACAUUCCACAGUUCUUAUGAUUUUGGUUUUAUGAUCAAACUUCUAAUUGGGAGACAAUUACCUCCUAAUGUUCACUUGUUCAGACAGAUGGUGGCCCUGUUCUUUGGACCCAAAAUUUAUGACAUGAAGCACAUUAUCAAGUUCUGCAAUGGCUUAUAUGGUGGCUUAGAGAGGGUGGCUGGGACGUUGAACGUGGAUCGUGUAGCUGGGAAGAACCACCAAGCUGGAUCUGAUAGUUUGCUAACUCUACAGACAUUUAUGAGGUUGAAGGAACUUUAUUUCAAUGGAAAUCUUGGGCUUCAAAAAUUUCAAGGGAUUCUCUAUGGUCUCGAAGUCAAUCCUAUUAUACCAACUCUGAAACCUGGGAAUUCACUACUGCACAUUCCUGCCCCCACAUUUUGUGGUCUCCGUCCAGUGGUGCUUAUGUCUCCUUAUUAA